GGGUCUUUUAAGAUUGAUUUUUUUUAUUUUAAUCGCGAGGGUUAUAAAAAUUAAAGAGUUCGAUAAAAGGAAAUUAUGUUCACUUAACUUGUUUCCGGAGGUGUGACAUGUCAGUUAAAAAUGGUUGGUUGACCUUGGUCUUGCGGGAUGGAUUCUUCGGUGUUAGUUUAGGAUUCUCGGGAACAGGAUGGAACAUUGGACUCGAUCUCAGGUUAAAUUGACGUAGAUUCGACAACGCUUCGCUAUAAGCAAAAUUGAACUCCUCGGUGUCAAAUUUGCGCGGCCUUAUAUACCCUUUUUGGGCAAGGGCUUCUUGGAUAUCCGAAUUUGAUCGCCUCAGCUUGAAUCUGGGCCCUCUGAUUGGUUGAUAAAAUGGCGGGAAUUAUAAAUUACACAGCACCAUCCGGUCAAGUGAUCCAUUUAGACUUCAGAGAGCAAUUCAACUUAGAAGGGGAUCAAUGUAAAAACGAUUUUCUUGAAAUUCACGAUGGCGCCCAUGGUUUUAAUAAACCCAUUGGUGGUCCAUACUGUGGAACACAAUUUCCACCAAUGAUCUUUUCAUCAGACAGACACCUGUGGCUCCAUUUCAAAUCUGAUGAUACUGUCGAACACAGUGGAUUCAAAGCAGUUUAUCAAUUCGUCAACAGAUCAGAAGACGCAAAAACUCCCGAAAUACGGCCGUGUAACAUUUCGAUAAGUGGCGAACAUCAGGGUAGAUUAAACAAGAGCAACAUCGACAAUGAAACGUUAUUGUUCAACAAGAUCAACAAGAUGCCGAUCGACUGUAUUUGGGAGAUUACGGCCGACGAGGGAUGGAAGGUGCAGUUGUCAUUCAAGAAGUUCAAACUUGAUCGGCCCAACGACUGUGAGGCCAACUUUGUCGACGUGUUUUCAAGCAGUACCGACAUACCCUCGAGGGAAAAACACUUUUGCGGAUCUAUUGCAGACACCGUCAACUCAAAGGGCAGAGUCAUGUACAUUCGGUUCUUUGCUAGUCCGGAGGCCAGUGAAGGUUCCAAUUUUGAGGCGUUGUUUACUGCCUUUAGGGAAAACGAGAAGAACGCCGACUGUCGCCCUGACGAAUUCAACUGUGAUGAUGCCACUUGUAUCUCUGAAACGUUAAAAUGCAACGGAGAAUACAAUUGCCGUUUCCGGUGGGAUGAAGACGAAUGUAACGGCAUUCUGAAAAGGGACAAUUUUCCAGUAGGAGAAAACCACAUAAUAAUCAUCAUGGUGAUAUUUUCGCUAAUUUUAUCCGGAAUGUGUUUCACGUUUUUGUUUAAUUGCGUCAAAAAACUUAUCAGGGAUCAUAGGACUAUACAGGAAUAUUUAAGGCAGAGUAGAGAACAUCAAUUAAACGAACUGGGUAAACAAGAACAAAUUGAGAAGAAAAUUGCCAAACUAGGACGAUCUCGGUCAAAUAGCACACAAAGUUCAGAUUCUCAACGAUACCCAACAGCUAACGCAAUGGUUAACACUCCUUGUUAUGUACCAGGGGAAUUGUUACCAAUUAUCAUUCGUAAUGAACGCAACGGUGGUAGCGGCGCCGUAAACGGAGAAGCAUAUCAAACAACCGCGGCCACCCAAUUCGACGAAGACGACCACCAACAACAACAGCAGCAACCGGAAAUGUGCGAUAGUGCGUGCCAAACAAGAGAAAGUCUCUUCCACCCGUACGGAAGUGAACAUAGUACUCCAAAUCAUAGCGUGGCCUCUGCAAAUUCAAAGCCGAGUCCUCCAGCUCCUUUCAGUACUUUUGGUUAUAAAAAGGAAGGUAAAUACAGGGCAGAGGCGAAAAUUGAAAUCGAAAAAAGUCGAUCAGAAGAAAAAAGACGUCCGUAUAGUGUUCAAACAACUAAAUCGGCACCGGACGUCAUCGUGACGCACUGACACAUGUGCCACGCCGAGUGGGAACCUUACCGACGGAGGCGCCCCCGGCACUUCUUGAGGACCACUUGUACACCGCUCGAUGUCCCUUCGAGCCGCAACGCCGCGACGCAAACUGACGUCGACGACGACGAUCGCGACGCGACAUUUCCAAACACGUGAUAAGCAGGGACAGUGCGGAAUCCUUUUACGAGGACUGGACGUUUUAACCUUUUUAUAUCUUAUGUACAGAAAGAAAGUGAAACAUGUUGAUAAAUAAAGCUAAAAAAUCGAAUUUAAGUCGA